AUGGCUGCAGUAUCUACUCGCGAUAUCGUUAUGAGCGCACAACGCUACGACUUUUCUAAAAAGAUGGUCGGCGGCGAAAAGCUGAGGAUCCAAACAGGUGUCUUUGAGGAACCACUUGAACUUUCACUCCCGAUUUACCCUGUUCGGGAGCCAACAUCGGAGGCUGUCGACUCCUCUGAGUUUUCCGUUGCUACCUCCGAUACGGCUUCCGAGAGCAACGAGUCUACCUCUACCCCUCCAUCCUCUGUGGAAGAUGUCUCGAAACCAGAGGAAAUUGACCAAGGAACUUCCUUGGAUGAUAUCGCCUGCCAACUUGAUAGUCAUAAACUGGAGGAACUCGACCAAGGAACUUUUUUGGACAAUAUUCCAUGCCAAGUUGACUUCGACCGCCGCCCACGCUCUCCAUUAUCCCUCUUUUCCCGUCCUUCCAGCCCCCUCUCUCGAUCAGCAUCUCCCCUUCGCCCACGCUCCCCAAUUGAAGUCGUCUUCAAUGCACUUACACUCAACUGCACUUCUGCCUUUGAGCAUGAAGUCGACUACCUACAGGAGAAACGGAAACGAGAAGACUCCGGGGCUGCGAACCUCAAAAUCGGAGUAGAGGAUGCCACCGAAAGUCAUAUAUCGAGGCUGCCGAGCAGCGAACAGGAAAAUGAAAAGAACGGACCCAAGCUGGAACUUGCUCGCCGUUUGUUGCUGGAGUCUGAUGCUCGGGUUGUAAUUGGGGUCGCCUGA